AUGUUACUGUCCGUCGCUUCUGUGAUCCUCGCCUUCGUGGCAAGCGGCACAUCCGUUUCUGCAUCACCAACCCAGUAUCCCCAUCAAAAUGCAUCUAACCCCAUCGUCCAUCUCGACUAUGGUACCUUCCGCGGCGCAUCAUCCUCCGCAUACAACCUAACCUACUACCGCAAAAUCCCCUUCGCAGCAUCCACAGCAGGCGAAAACCGAUUCCGCGCACCCCAACCACCGCUCCACAUCACCAAUGGCACAUACGACACCGACCAAGCCUUCGACAUGUGUCCGCAGCGCACCGUAAACGGUUCAGAAGACUGCCUCUACCUCGGCCUCUACUCACGCCCCUGGACAAAAAAGCAAGACCUGCGACCCGUCCUCCUAACCUUCUACGGCGGCGGCUUCAUCCGUGGCAGCGCGAGCUUCAGCAUCCCGCCUUCAGGCUACCCCGUGCUAAACGUCUCUAACAACAACGACUACAUAGUCGUAUACUCCAACUACCGCACCAACGUCUUCGGCUUCCUGCCAGGGUCGAAAAUAGCAGAACAUCCGGACGUCGAUCUCAACCCCGGUUUACUGGACCAGCAGGCUGCGUUGAAGUGGAUACAGAAGUACAUCCACCAUUUCGGUGGCGACAAACGAAACGUGACGAUCUGGGGACAGUCGGCGGGCGGCGGCAGUGUAGUUGCGCAGACGAUUGCGACGGGGAACCGAGGGAAGGGAUUAUUCACGAAAGCGUUGGCAAGUAGUCCGUUCUGGCCUAAAACGUACCGGUACGACAGCGUGUGGGCGGAGGAUCUGUAUAGUCAGACGCUGAGCGAUGUUGGCUGUGCGGGUGUGGAAGAUGAGAUUAGGUGUUUGAAAGAGGUGGAUGUGCAGAGAUUGAGAGAUAGUGCGUUAAAGCUCAGUACGAGUCAGCAGUAUACUACUGCGUCUUUUACGUACGGGCCGGUGAUUGAUGAUGGGUUUCUGGAGGAGGAGUUGAGUAGUGUGGUGGAGAAGGGAGCGCUUAAUGCGGAGAUGGUGUUGACGAGUUAUAAUUUGCAUGAGGGGGAGAACUUUAUUCCGCCUGGGUUUGCGAAUGCUAAGACGGGGAGUGAUGGGUUCAAUUCUUCGGUCGCGUCGUUUGAUGGGUGGUUGAGGGGUUUUCUGCCGGACUUCACGGAGGGGGAUCGAGAGGAGGUGAAGAGGAUGUAUCCUGCCGUGGGGACAGCGGAGGAGAUCAGUUGGAACUCGACGUAUAUCCGCGCUGGCUUGUUGUACCGCGACCUCGUACUGGCAUGUCCGUCGUAUUGGCUUUCGAAGAAGGCAGAGAAGGGAUGGUUGAUCGAGUACACUAUCUCGCCUGCUAAGCAUGCGAGUGAUGUGCAAUACUGGAACACGAUCGGUUCAAUCCAGCAAACAGAUGCUCUGACUUACCAAGGCUAUGCUGGCGCCAUGGGUUCAUUCAUCCAGACUGGCGAUCCGAAUGCGCACAAGGUGACGAAUUCGAGCAUACCCGGCGUCCCGGAUGUGGAAGAGGGCAAGCAAUUCUUGGUCACUGCGAGUGGGCUACGACAAGGUGGCAUCAGCAUGCUAGAGGAGAGGUGUAAGUAUUGGGCCGGUGUAUCUCAGAGAGUUCCCGUGUAA